UCAACUGUGAGAUCAUUACAACCAAAUCCAAUACUACUUUUGCCCAGUAUCUAUACUGGUGAAUUCCAGCAAGCAAAUACAACAUAUCAUGGCUACUAAUCCUGAAGAUGAAGCAACUUCUGAAGCUUUGGUAGAUCAGGAGUUCAUCCCAAGUGAAAUCAAUUCUCAGACUACAGUAACAGAAAAUGAAGAAGAUCACAUUCAAGCUCUUAUUGAAGAUACAGAAGAUGAAGGUGAAAAAUUGCAAGGAGUUUCAAAGACAAGUUCUUUUUCAAGUGAAAAAAUUGCAGGUGUAGCAGAUAAAGAUGGCAGGAGAAAAAAAUAUGGAGCUUCAAAGAGAAGUUUUUCACUCAUAAGUGAUAAAAUAGUGGUUGUAGAAAAUGAAGAAGAGAGGCUACAAAAUAAUGGAGCUUCAAGGAGAAGUGGUUCUCUUAUAACUGAAACAAGUUUAUAUGUAACAAAAGAAAAUGACAGUAAAACCUUUCAUCAAACUCUAAGGAGUCGGGCCUCUGUUAAAAUUGAAGCAAAUAAGGAUGAACCAGAUGAGGAUAAGAAACACAUUUUUCAUCAAGUGUCAAAUAAAAGUGCUUCCAUUGGAAAAAGAAUAGCUGAGUAUUUAACAGCUGAAACUCCCCAUCAAGGUGUAAAGAGAAGGGUCUCAAUUGCAGAAGAUUUUAUAGUUAAACAUGGCAGUCAGGUUCCACCUGGAAAGAAAAUCUUUGAGAAUGCACUGGACGGAACUGUCAAAGAAGCUACUGAUAUAAUUUCAAAGAAUAAAACAUUUUAUGAUUCUGUAAUGCAUGAUCCAGCUAUGCCUCAACUUAGUUUGGAACAUAAAAGAACUUCAUUUCAGACUUUAGCAAUUGAGGGUCUCACAGUAGAUGAUACAAAAGAUGAUGAUGAUGACGACAGCGAAAGAGAGAAGCUACUUUGGAAGAGAAUGUUUGAACGAAAAGUAACAAAGCGAGUGCUACGUUUACAGGAGCAGAAGGCAAUCCUUCACAAAAAGAGCAAACAUGAAAAACUUAUUUUGGAAAAGAAGGUCCCACUGGAUUUAUUGGCAGAAGAAUGGUUCAAUGAAAAUAAUCUGACAGUACAGACUCGUCUAUACCUCUUGGAAAAGUUGUUGCCUACUCUGAUUCUGGGCCUAGAGAAGCUGCUGAUGGAAGUUGAAAAAAAUCAUUUGACUCUGUUGGAGACACCACAUCCUUACUUUAACCCAAUUAAUUUCCUGGCACAGUAUCUGAUGAGGAACAAUCCACGGCAGUACAACUUUCCAGAUGAUAAUCCAUAUAUGCGUGGCUUGACACAAGUAGUGGAACAGCUAAACAUUCAUGUUGUUGACAUCAAAGAUAACAGGCUUUCUACUCUUAAAGCAGAAACAAAGCUGAGGCAAAAGGAAAGGGAACAACAGCAUAAAAUUCAUCUGGACAAUCAAGAGGAGAGAAGAAAAAACCUUCGGUUGCAGUUCAGAGAUUGGAUGCUGAGCACCAAUGGAAAUGUGACGCUUUGUUUGGCUCAAAGUGUUCUGGUUUCCUUCUCGGAGUCUUUUGCUGAAUAUCAUUUGCAAACGUUUGAAGAUGUGAAAUACAACAAGGACCUGGAAGAGUUAGAUACAACAGGACAAAUAUUAAAUGAAGAGCAGUUUGUAGAGGUGAGAAAUAGACCUCUCCGUCUACUAAAUAAAAUCCAUUUGAUCAUUCUUUUUAGCGCAUUAUACUUCCAACAGUUGGGAUUUGGUCAGCUCUUGUUUAACAAAUUGCAACUUGGAACACUGGAACUGUUUCCAAAUAUUCUCUGUCCGAAGGCAGGUCCGAUCUACAGCGUUGCAUUCUCCACCGUGAGUAGGGAAAGGAAGCAGGUCCCGAAUCCUACCCCAGCUGGAGCAGGGAUCAACCUUGUGUUGUUGGCUCAACAGAUCCUACAGUAUAUGCACUCUUACGUCAAGGGUUUGUCUGAGAAUCUUUUCCAGGAUUUCCUCACAUAUCUUUCCCACAGCUCAGACUUUUUCAAUCAAAAAGGACAAAGCGAUUGGUGGAAGCAGCAGUUUUCAGACUUGUUCUUGGCAUGUGACACUGGAAAGUCAGGAUUUCUCAAUAGGCACAGGAUCCUCCUGUUAUUUGAACAGUUCUAUGAUCAGCAUUCAAGCAUCAAAGGAACUGAAUUCCGCAACCCAAGAGAAUGGCCUGUAGUUGAACUUGAUGAAAUGGUACCUGCUGACUUUAUUCUUGACUUUGGAAAUGACUACGCUAGGGCUGAAGCACCAAGAAAUAUGGAUGCUGAAAAUGAGAUAACAGCUGACCAAGUAGAGGAAAAAGAUUCUGAAAAAGCCCAUAUGGAGGAACAUAAAGAGAGUAAACCAAGAAGGUUGUCCCACUUCACAAUAGAUGAUGGUGACCCUUUUUCUGAUGAAAACUCUUAUGGCAAUCCUGAUGUGCAGAAUACAGCAGCAUUUAAAUUUCCAGAUUUGGCAAGCAUUAUAUCAGAUAUUGAGUCCCGUGGCCAUGCUCUGAAUUCAAUUCCCUUUGACAAGAGUUGCCUAAACAACCAACAGUUUAUUCAGUUAAUGGAGACUUUUGUGGGAAACACUACUAAAUUUUCAGCUAUUGAUAACCUUAUAGACUAUAUUCAGAAAGAAUAUAGAGAGAGCAAAGAAGAAAAGUUUUACAGAUUAAGUCAGUCUUACAACAUUCCACCAGAAGGCCCCAUAACCAAAUAUUGUCGCUGGCCUUAUUUUUUCUUCUCCAUCAUGUGCGCUGAUAGCCCUAUGGUUCACGAAUUGGACCAGGCCGGUGGUCUGUCCCCAGGAAGGCUCCUUAUCACCCAGGAUGAAAAGCCUGCUUUGCUUGAGAAGUUCAGCCUGUCUGGCCAACUGUACUGCUUUGGACAUAGUGAGAUCCUCUUUGGAAUUUUGAUAUUUACACCUCCCUUUGGAAAGGGAAUUGCGCCCCCUUCAGCAUUUGGCUUCGGUGCCGUUAUUCAGUCAAAUCUUGAGACAUCAGCUGCCUUGCAUAAGCUGGUCCUGGAGGCACUGUUUGAGAAAUGGGAUAAUAAUGUCUCUGGCUUUCUUAAUCUGAGAGAACUAGAAGAAGUUUUGAGUACAUACAAGGAUGGAAUGGAGAAGGAUGCCUUAAAGAGAGCUCAUCACAAGCUGAAAUUUUCCCGCAAGUACCGUGCAGACAAUCCUAUUUUGUCAAAAGCAGAGUUCUCAACAUACAUUGAAACAAUUGCUGCUGAAAUCUCUGACAAUGAACCCGAUUUUGAUUGUCUAGUAACAUUUCUCACAGCCAGAAGAGAACAGAAUUGCACAGCGCGACUAAGACGUACAGCCAGGAGAAGGUGGCUGCAUGAUAUCCAACAAGCAGCAGAGACCUCUAGUUCUAAUCUUGAAUUUGUGUAUAAAUCUGUUUUCCAGACCCUUUAUAAGGAUUCAGAAGCUCACGGUGACAAUAAGGAAAUAAGUUCUUCCAUAGCCCUGCUGAGACAUAAUGAUCACAGGCCAGAGAGGGGUGAACACUUCCUGCACUAUGUGGCUUGCACCCUGGAAGAUGCACCAUAUGUCCUAAAUCAGGCACUCUACAGAGACAUGGGUGUAAGUUUUUCUGCAAUUGAUGAAGGGAAACCACUGCACAUCCUCAAAGUUCAGGAACACGGCAAAGUUCAUAUAUGGAACUGCCAUCGGGAAAAAAUAAACGGAUCCUUCCUUGUGAUCCCACUGAAGGAUCAGCACAACAGAGUAUUUGGAGUCAUGGGUGUGGACACACUGCGAGAUCGCUGUGAGAGGUACUUCAAUACUCAUGAGAUCAAUUUUUACCAGGGUGUAGCAAAGGCAUUUAGUAUUGCCUAUCAUCAUGUCCAAGUCCGGAACAACAUCCUGAAAGCUGUGGAUAAUGCUGUAUUGUGGCUAUUUAACCAAACACAAAAUAUCGAGACUGUAAUCACCUACCUGGCGGAACCUUUAAGUAGCAAGGAUUAUGUGCUAUGCAAAACGAUGACAACGGAAAAUGACUUUGACGAAGGAUGGUCAGACGUGCAUGUGCCUCCAAUAAUCCUGCAGAGGAAGGACAAUUUCUUCAGAAACUACCUCUUCAGGUGCGCUGAUACUUCAGAAGUAGUUUACACUAAGACAUAUAAAGGAAGGUGUAUUUGUGUUCCUCUGCGAGACGUGACAGGGAGAGCUCUUGCAGUACUUGAAAUUAAUCUUGGGAAGCAAAAGCAACUCAUGGCAUAUGAGUACACUGGCCUACAGAGGAUGCUGAAGAUUCUUCAUGAAGCCUGCAACAUAAUCGUAAAAACGGCUACUGAGAUACCACGGAUGUGGCUCUUAGAAGAUCAGAAAAAUGGAGAAAGGCGGGCAAAGCUGCAGUUCCAUCAAGUAAUGCUGCAGGAACUGAGAGAAAGUAUCAAUGAUCUGAGUGAGGAGUCACUUCAAGAGCUCAAGGGAUCCAGCAAUCCUCCAAUGAUGGCCCACAACGUUUUUAGGAUUGUGCUUCAUCUCUUGCAACCGAAGUUGGACGUGCAAAACUUCACCUGGGACCAAUGCAGAGAUAGAUUGAACAAUGAUUUAAUUGAAAAAAUCUGUGCCUUUGACCCUGUUGAUGAGAUCGUUAAGGUAGACACCUACCUUCUGGUUCGCUGCUUUAGAGCUACCAGCAAGAAAAGGCAGAGGAAGACAAGCAAGCACCUCAGCCCCAGCCCCCAGACCAGCGCAGAAAUUGAGGAACCUUGUCCAGCAGGAAUACAAAUCUGGAGAGGAGCAAGGACUUUGUGGGUGAAGAAAGUGCACCUGUAG